GUUACUAAAUGGCUGUUUGUAUUCCAGGCACACCAGUUUCUGAAUGCUUAGGAUUCGGUUUUUACCUUUUGUUUAAAUAACCUCUAAAAGGAGCAAUGCAUCUCUUUGCAUGUCUGUGCAUUGUCCUUAAUGUUUUGGAAGGAGUGGGCUGUUCAUGUCCUUCACAGUGCACCUGUGAUUAUCACGGCAGAAAUGACGGCUCAGGAUCAAGGUUGGUGCUAUGUAAUGACAUGGAUAUGAACGAGCUCCCUACGAACCUCCCCAUGGACACUGUGAAGCUUCGCAUAGAGAAGACUGUCAUCCGCAGAAUCUCGGCGGAGGCCUUCUAUUACCUGGUGGAGCUCCAGUAUCUCUGGGUGACUUACAAUUCUGUGGCCACCAUUGACCCCAGCAGCUUUUACAACCUGAAGCAACUGCAUGAGUUGCGCUUGGAUGGGAAUUCCCUGGCUGCUUUCCCUUGGGCAUCUCUGCUGGACAUGCCCCUUCUGAGGACCCUGGACUUGCACAAUAACAAAAUAACCAGUGUGCCAAAUGAGGCAUGCAGGUAUCUGAAGAACCUUGCCUACUUGGAUUUAUCAAGCAACAGACUCACCACGUUGCCACCAGAUUUCCUGGAGAGCUGGUCUCAUUUAGUUACAACACCUUCUGGAGGCCUGGACCUUUCCCCAAGCAGGAUUAUUCUUGGUCUACAGGACAAUCCUUGGCUCUGUGACUGUCGUAUUUCCAAAAUGAUCGAGUUGUCAAAGGUUGUUGACCCUGCUAUAGUGCUUCUGGAUCCACUGAUGACUUGCAGUGAACCUGAACGCCUCACAGGAAUUUUGUUUCAGCGGGCUGAAUUGGAGCAUUGUCUGAAACCAUCAGUGAUGACCUCAGCCACCAAAAUCAUGUCUGCUCUCGGCAGUAAUGUUCUACUGCGGUGUGAUGCCACUGGCUUCCCCACCCCACAGCUCACAUGGACCAGAUCUGACAGCUCGCUAGUUAAUUAUACAGUAAUACAAGAAUCUCCAGAGGAAGGAGUCAGAUGGUCCAUAAUGAGCUUGACAGGCAUUUCUUCCAAAGACGCUGGGGAUUAUAAGUGUAAGGCCAAAAAUCUGGCUGGGAUGUCAGAAGCUGUGGUUACUGUGACAGUGCUUGGCAUUACCACAACUCUGAUACCACCAGACACUUCUGAAAGAACUGGAGAUCAUCCUGAGUGGGAUGCCCAGCCGGGAUCUGGAAGAUCUACAUCUGGAUCUAGCACAUCAUCAUAUCCUUGGUCCUCUUCCUUCUCCCCCACAUCUUCUUUUUCUGCUUCUACUUUGUCUCCUCCCUCUACUGCUUCCUUCUCUUUAUCUCCUUUCUUCUCCUCCACUGUUUCUUCAAUCACAACUCUGAGCACAAGCAUCUCAGCCACCACUAUGGCUGAUAAGCAAUCAUUCCAGCUCCACCCAGAUGGGAAAAGAAAUUUAAAGGCAGCAAAGAGUGGAAGUAAGCUUCCUCCAGCCAGCACAAGAAAGAAAGAAGAGCUGGCAUUGUUGGAUCAAACAAUGCUUACGGAGACAAAUGCCACAAUAGAAAACCUCAGGGUGGUCAGCGAGACUAAAGAGAGUGUGACAUUGAUGUGGAAUAUGAUCAACACCACACAUAACUCUGCAGUGACUGUGCUGUAUUCCAAGUGUGGUGGGAAGGACCUGCUGCUGUUGAAUGCAGACUCCAGCAAGAACCAAGUAACCAUAGAUGGCUUGGAACCUGGUGGGCAAUACAUGGCCUGUGUCUGUCCAAGAGGAGUGCCUCCCCAGAAAGACCAAUGCAUCACCUUUUCUACCGAAAGAGUAGAAGAAGAUGAUUCUCAAUGGUCUCUCCUUCUCGUGGUGACCAGUACUGCCUGUGUUGUUGUCUUACUAUUGAUUUGUUUCUUGUUGUACAAAGUUUGCCAACUGCAAUGUAAGUCAGAACCUUUUUGGGAAGAUGAUUUGGCAAAAGAGACUUAUAUCCAAUUUGAGACUCUGUUUCCCAGGUCUCAAAGUGUAGGUGAGCUCUGGACAGGAAGGCACAGGGAUGAGUCAGAAAAAUUGCUGCUUUGUUCGAGGUCAAGUGUGGAAUCUCAGGUGACUUUUAAAAGUGAAAGUUCCAGACCAGAGCAUUAUUGCUAAGGUUCUGCAGCUCAGGUGCAUGUGAGCUACAACAUUAGCAUCUAAGGGUAUAAUUGACCCUAGGUUUGGAUGAUUUUUGGACAGACUUUCACAUUGUGUGUGAAAAUCACAAAUGGAAUGCUUUUAAGUGUGUUUAAAAAAUAGCAUGAGACCUCUGAACUGAAAAGACAAAUAACGUUGAUUUUUUUUCUUGUGUGGAAAAGGUCUACAGAAAUAAUUUUUAGAGUGUUGCUUAAUAAAUUAUUAAUACUUUUUAGGGUAAUGUUUUAGUUCUUAAAAAUAAGUUCAUGUGAAAGUAGCAAAUUAACUCUGUAUUUAAAAAUACAGUUUUUUGAGUAACGAGGAAACAUUAGCAAAACCAGCUAAGCCUUGAUGUUUAUUCAUGUUCGAAGUGCAUUAUGGCAUUUUCUGUGGACGUUUCCUGACAUUGCCUAAUGGAGAGUGUGGGAUCACAAAGGAUUUUUCGUUCACGAAGGUUAAAUCUAACUCAUGGGGGAGGGAGGGCUCUGUCUCUUCAUACCAUUAUACAUUGUAAUACUAUAGAGUUGUGUUCAUAUUGCAUGUAAGAAAAAUUUUUGCUUUUCUUUAGAAAUAUAGGUAUUAGUAAAAGUAAGUAUACAAAGAGGAUUAUGACAAAUAGACCAUUUCUUUAAAAAUGGUAACUGUUGCAUUGAAACACAUCUGCUGACAGAUAAUAUGGAUAUUUAAAAAUAACUUUAAAUCAGUCUUUUAAUAUUUUGCUAUUUGCUCUUAUUUUCUCCCUUCUUUCUUCCUUCCUGGUCUUCCCUCCCUUUCCUUCCUCCAUUCCUUCUUUCUUCUGCUUUGUCAGAAGAUAUACAAGUAGCCAAAGGAUCACGAGCCAAGCAGUUUGUCUUCUGCCAUAUUAUCUUUUGAUUCUGUUGAUAAAGAAAAAGCUUUUGAAAUGACUUACUGCCCUUUGAAAGUCUGUUUUAGAACCCCAAAGGAUAUUUGAGGAUUUUGAAAGCGAAGCCUCAGUAGAUUCAUUUGGUUAGACUCUUUUCCUAGGUUAAAAACAUCGGGGAACUUAAAUACAUAGGAAAGGAGUUCAUAAAUAAAAUUUAGCUUUUUUAGAAAGGGAAUAUUUUAAUAACUGUAGUGUACUAUAAGAGACAUCUUGUGGCUUUAAGAUUAGUGAUAGUGAUAAGACCCACUCAAGCAUCUCACAGGGCUGAUAUUACAUGUAACUUAGCAGGAUGCAACCUGGCCCAGGGAUUUCUAGGAGACAAGGCCACCUCAGCACAGAUGCAACUUUCAUAAAUCUUAGAACAAAGCCUACCCUUACUAGAUUAAACCUGCUCUAUGAAAGAAACACUUGGUAAUUGACCCAGACUGAAUACAUGUAUAAGAAAUGGGAAAGAUCUCCCAAACUCUGAGAAUGGUCCUCAAAUAGAAGCCCUCCUAGUCAGUUGGUCAUCUGACCUCUGACUAUAUCCGGCCCAUGACACCAGCCAGCUCCUGCUUUCCUUGUAAGAG